AUGGCCUCCGCCAUCCAGACGACCACUCAGGCGCAGUGCCUUUGUCUCGAGCUUGCAGCAGCCCCGGGCGACUUCCGAAAUAUUGCAGCUGCGAUAGGAGAACUGUUUCUGGUAGUCGACAACUUAACAGUGCAUCGCAAAAGUGCUAUAGCACUUGUUAUGUCCGCGUCCAAGGCUCUCCUGCCCGUUUUGGAAACGGCGAAAGAGGGCGGGCCUGCAGCCGGAAGCGCAGAGCUGCAGGAACCCGUUCAAGAUUUGAUGCAGACUAUUCAGCUCAUGCGUUGCUUCGUUGAAGAUCCUCCAAAAUUCAUCUUGAAGCGCGCUCGCGACGCAAAGCUCCUGCAGCAGCAAGUCAAGAAGAACUGCAAAAAAAUUUUAUCCCAACCUUACAGCUCCAUUCCCAGCUCUAAAGCCAGCAUCCUCGAGGCCGUGAACUUGAGCGCGCAAAUUGCUGUUGCUGUCUGCGAUGCCCCCAUUCUGAACAUGUUCAAGCCUGUUGCAAAUGUUGUCGGGCUGGUCAAUGGCAAAGUGAUGGCAAUCGAGGCGAACAAAGAAGCUGCUGUUGCACUUGCACGACAGUUGGACGACAUCACAAACAAUGUCCUGAAACCCGCUGUCGCGAAAGGUGCGAAAUCAGACAGUGUUGUUCAAUCCCUCGAAACCUCGGUUCAAGAGGCUGCAUUGCUCCUCCGCGAGUUUUCGCUGCAGCGUAAAUACGAUGCCUGGCUUUCGGCGACGUCGGACUCGAUCCGCCUCGAAAAUGUUAAUGCGCGACUCAAGGAUGCAUUGGCGGUCUACGCGACCAAGGAGAUUGUGGAGGCAACAGCUCUUCUCCGCAAGACCACUCAACAAGUCUCUCAGCUUGUUGCUGUUGUGGAUCCAAAAACAACACACUGGAACAAGAGCCCUCCUUACCACGUGCAAGCAGCGUUUCUUUUCUUCCUCAAUCCAACUACUGCAAUCUGUGUCAUGAUUGUGUUGCGUGUGCCCGCGUACUAUAUGUAUGAUUAUGUGUGA